CGCCGCCAUGUUGUGGGGCCGAGCGCCGCGGGAGGCGCAGGGGCCGCGGCCCGGCGGAGCCGCCGCUCGGGGCAGCGCAACAGAUGGCUGAGGGCUAGCGGGGCGCAUUCGGGACCAUGAUGGCUCAGUUUCCCGCAGCCGUGAAUGGAGGGCCAAACAUAUGGGCCAUCACCUCCGAAGAGCGGGCCAAGCAUGACAAGCAGUUUGAUAGCCUUAAACCCACAGGAGGUUUCAUUACAGGUGAUCAAGCCCGUACCUUUUUUUUGCAAUCAGGCCUGCCAUCUUCAAUCCUUGCUCAAAUAUGGACACUCUCAGACCUGAACAAGGAUGGAAAAAUGGAUCAACUGGAGUUCUCUAUAGCUAUGAAACUCAUCAAGCUGAAAUUGCAAGGACAGCACUUGCCUUCAGUUCUCCCUCCUGUCAUGAAACAAACUCCAGUGUUUUCACCACUAAUGUCAGCUCGCUUUGGAAUGGGUAGUAUGCCAAAUCUGUCCAUGCCAACGUCUAUGUCUGCGAUCACACCAUUAGCUCCCAUGUCUCUGACCUCCAUGACUUCCAUUCCUCCUCUGGUUAUCUCUGCUCCCCUGGUGCCUUCUGUCAGUACCUCCUCGUUGCCAAAUGGAACAUCCAGCCUUCUGCAGCCUUUGUCCGUUCCUUUCUCCUCAACACUGCCUCAUACUGGUUCUUUAGGCCCCAUGGCAGGAGGAUUUGGUGGUUCCAGUAUGCAGAAGGCACAGUCACUGAUUGAUUUAGGAUCUAGCAGUGCAUCACUAGCUGGGAAUUCACCAAAGAUUACUUCCUCAGACUGGGCAGUUCCUCAGGCCUCCAGACUAAAAUACAGACAGAAAUUUAACAGUCUUGAUAAAAGCAUGAGUGGAUAUUUAUCAGGAUUCCAAGCAAGGAAUGCCCUUCUGCAAUCAAAUCUUUCACAGACUCAGCUGGCUACUAUUUGGUCCCUGGCUGAUAUAGAUGGAGAUGGGCAGCUGAAGGCUGAUGAGUUUGUGUUGGCCAUGCACCUCACAGACAUGGCCAAAGCUGGGCAGCCACUGCCCCUGACUCUGCCCCUUGAGCUGGUGCCACCUUCUUUCAGGAGUGGAAAAUACACUGAAAAUAUAAAUGGAACUCUGCCAUCUUACCAACCUGUGCAAGAGGAGGAGCCACAGAAAAAACAGCCAGUGACAUUUGAGGACAAAAGGAAAGCCAACUAUGAGAGGGGAAAUAUGGAGCUGGAAAAACGCCGCCAGGUCCUGCUGGAGCAGCAGCAGAGAGAGGCUGAAAGAAAGGCUCAGAAAGAACGGGAAGAGCAGGAGCGAAGAGAGAGGGAACGCCAGGAGCAGGAACGGAAGAGGCAGCUGGAAAUGGAAAGGCAGCUGGAGAGACAACGAGAGCUGGAGAGACAAAGGGAAGAAGAAAGGCGGAAAGAAAUAGAAAGGCGGGAGGCAGCAAAGCAGGAGCUUGAGCGCCAGCGACGACUGGAAUGGGAGAGAAUCCGUCGCCAAGAGCUUCUUAAUCAGCGUAACAGGGAGCAAGAAGAAAUUGUCAAGUUGACCUCUAAAAAGAAGAGCCUUAGUCUUGAAUUAGAAGCCCUGACUGACAAACAUCAGCAGAUCUCAGGCAGGUUGCAGGAUAUUCGUAGCAAAAAGCAAAUGCGAAAAACAGAGCUGGAGGCAUUGGAUAGGAAAUAUGACCAAGGAAUCAUGGAAGUCAAGCAAUUACAGCAACAGCUGGAGGAUUAUCAGAAUAAACUAAUCUAUUUGGUUCCUGAAAAGCAGUUGUUAAAUGAAAGGAUAAAAAAUGCUGAACUUGAAAACACUCAGAGUACAGGAGUCAAUUCAGUGCACAAGAAAUCCCAAGAAAAGGAAGAAUUAUGCCAAAGACUUAAGGAACAACUAGAUGCCCUUGAGAAGGAAACUGCUUCCAAACUUGCUGAAAUGGAUGAAUUUAACAGUCAGCUUAAGUGUGAGAAUAUGGAUGAUUCUGUUCUUCAGUGCCUUUUGUCUCUGCUAAGCUGUCUCAACAACCUCUUCCUCUUACUUAAGGACCUGAGGGAAAGUUACAGCACACAGCAAUUAGCCUUGGAGCAGCUCCACAGGAUCAAACAAGACAAAAUAAGAGAGGUACAAAAAAGAAGAGCUGAGCUGGCACAGAAGAAGCGACUGGAAGAUGAGGCUGCAAGAAAGGCAAAACGGGAGAAGGAGAACCGAUGGCAGGAGAAUAUCCGAAGGGAAGAGGAAGAGAAAAAGAAACGAUUGGAGGAAGAACGAAUGCAGGAAAAAGUCCAAGAAAAGCUGAAAGCUGAAGAAGCAGCUGCCAUGAUGAGAGAAAGGGAAAACAAACAACAGCUUCUUGCAGAGGAGGAGAAAAAUAGACAAGGCACAGUCUCGAGGGAGGUGGAACAACAAAGGCAGAGGCAACUGGAAGAAGAUAAAAGAAAGCAAGAACAAAUAGCAAAAGAAGCUGAGGAGAGGCGCAAGCAGAAUGAGGAGAUGAAAAAGAUAAAAGAAGCAACUAAUUCUCAAGAGGUGGAGAAACACACUUCUAAAAUAAACAUAAAUGAAAAGUUUGCAGAUCUGUUGAAGCCAACAGAGGGGAAAAGUCUUAAGCCACCCUGGAAAAAUGAAGGCAAGGCAACUGGUGCUGCAGAGUCGAGGAAUUCCAUUGCCUUGGUAAAUUACAGAGCUUUGUAUCCAUUUGAGGCAAGGAACCAUGAUGAGAUGAGCUUUAAUACUGGAGAUGUAAUUCAGGUUGAUGAAAAAACUGUGGGAGAGCCUGGUUGGCUUUAUGGGAGUUUUCAAGGACAUUUUGGUUGGUUUCCGUGCAAUUAUGUAGAAAAAAUACCAGAAGGAGAAAAAGCUUUAUCUCCUAAGAAAGCCUUACUUCCUCCUACAGUAUCUUUAUCUACUACCUCAGCUGCUUCAGAACCACUUUCACCAAGUAAAUCUGCAGAAGAAUCUGAGUACCAAAACAUCCCCUUUUCCAGCCUGAAUGUUAACACAGCCUGGCAGCAGAAAUCAGCUUUUACUCGUACUGUGUCCCCUGGAUCUGUUUCACCCGUUCAUGGACAGGGGCAGCCUGUAGAGAACCUAAAAGCACAAGCACUUUGUUCUUGGACUGCAAAAAAAGAUAACCACUUGAAUUUUUCAAAGAAUGACAUCAUCACUGUCCUGGAGCAGCAGGAGAACUGGUGGUUUGGGGAGGUACAUGGAGGAAGGGGUUGGUUUCCAAAGUCCUAUGUCAAGCUCUUACCUGGGAGUGAAACCAAGAAAGAGGAACCAGAAGCUAUUUAUGCAGCUGUAAACAAAAGGCCUUAUACCCAGAAUUACACAGCAGGAGAGGAGUACGUUGCCCUCUAUCCAUACUCGAGCUCUGAGCCCGGUGACCUGACGUUCAUGGAAGGUGAGGAGAUCCUGGUGACCCAGAAGGAAGGGGAGUGGUGGACCGGGAGCAUCGAUAACAGGACUGGAAUCUUCCCCUCCAAUUACGUCAGACCAAAAGAUCCAGACGCUUCUAGCUAUGCUGGCAAAACUGGAACAAUAAAUAAGAAACCCGAAAUCGCUCAGGUUACUACUGCCUAUGCUGCAUCAGGAACUGAACAGCUCAGUCUUGCUCCAGGACAGCUGAUACUUAUUCUGAAGAAAAAUGCCAGUGGAUGGUGGCAAGGAGAGUUGCAGGCAAGAGGGAAAAAGAGACAGAAGGGAUGGUUUCCUGCCAGCCACGUGAAGCUGCUGGGUCCAAGCAGUGAAAGAACCACAUCAGCUGCUCCCUCAGUGUGCCAGGUGAUAGCCAUGUACGAUUACACGGCAAACAAUGAGGACGAGCUCACUUUCUCCAAGGGGCAGCUGAUUAAUGUGCUGAACAAAGAUGAUGCUGACUGGUGGCAAGGAGAAAUCAAUGGUGUGACAGGUCUCUUCCCCUCAAACUAUGUGAAGAUGACCACAGAUUCUGAUCCAAGUCAGCAGUGAGCCAAUGUUGUCUUCCAGUGUGAAAGCACCUCAGAGACCCACUAUCCAAGUUUGACUAGCGUGGAGGCAGGGUGGCCAGCCCUGCUCACGUGUCUGACACAAUCCUUUUGCUUCGUUUGAACGUUAGAUCCAACCAAGAAAUUAGGUUUUCGUGGGUUUUCUUCUAAUCUACAGUUUCAGUGGAUUUGUAAAAGCAGAAAGGAUAGUGGGUCUUUGUGUGGCUUUCACUGCUGUUCAUUCUUGUUUCCUUUAGUAUUUCCUUUGGGAUUGAUAACCGUAGUCAUUAGCAUGCAUAUCGAGUAUUGUUUGCAUGGUGGGAUUGCAGACACACAAAGACCCACUAUUUGCACAGUUUAUCUGUUUGGAAUGGGCACUUGUGUUCUUUUAAUGUUGUAAUGUACAUAUUUUGCAGAAUUAAAAUGUUCAUUGAUUAUUGUUCUAAUGGACUUGAGUUAAUCUCAUCCAGAAACAAACCCUACCUGUCUGCUGCUGAUAGUCACUGUGAUUACAAACAUGCUACAGGAUCUAAGGGUUAGAUCUGGUGCACUCCAUCCAGCCUUUUCACACCCUGUUUAACAGGGAAAAGAACUAUUAGGUGUAGAGUGAAGGAUAUUUUAAUGGUUUUUCUUCCUUCACAGUAGUACUGCGGCAGGAAUUCAGGUUGUUUUGGCUCAAUACUUUCUAUCCCUAAACAGCCUCCUUCCUUAAAUUCUGAUCAUUCAUAUUUGCUUUCAGUUUUGGCAAAUGUGCUCAGUUGCUGCAGUAAGUCCUUGCACAGCCUCUGUGUGACCAGGCCCUUCCCCUGCCCCUUCUUUUCAUUAAUAGUUCAUGGUACUGAAUUGUUUGUCUCUGGCUGGGGUCUGCAGUACAUUUAAAGUACUGCUGAAAGCUGCUCUCUUCCUCCUGGUAAACAGAGCAGCAGCCUAAGGCAGAGGUAACUAGUGGAGAGGUGCUGCCAGGAGAGAGACACUCAGAGAACCUGGAGUGAGGGCAGAGCUCUGGGGCUCAGGAUGGAACUGUGCUCCUCAGCCCACAGUCCUGGCCUGUUGGAAAUGCAGUGCAGUGUGAGCUGCCCUUGUCUUACUAUGUUUGGAGGGAAGGAGGAACUUGUAACCUUGAUUCCCCUUUAAAUAAAAGGAUUAAUUUAAUUCUAGACUACUUCUCUGAUUAAAUAGUUCUGUGCUCUUGUAACAACAAGAGAGAUCUCUAGACACAGUAUUUAAUUUAGUUGGUUUCCUGAACUUGGUUAUGAAACAGCAAAGGUCACUUAUGCAAUCAGAAAUGUUUACAAAACAAACUGCUUGUUUACUAUAUAGACAUAUAUAUAUAUACAGAUGAAUGUUGUGAAGGUACUAUCAGGAAAAGGUUAAUCCAAUUGCAGAGAUUUAAAAGCCUUUCUCCAAAAUCCAAUGUUAUGUAUUUAUAUCCUUGAUCAAAUAAUGUAUGUGUGCCCUUUAGUUCAGAGAUGUAUCUUCUGUGCAAUACGGACUACGCAAUGUGCCUACAGAAAACUACAAAUGGAUUUUUAUUCUGGAUGUAUUUUGUCUGAAUCAGUAUUUUGUUAUAGAAUGAAAUCAUGUUGUUGUAGGCAAAUGAUGUGCUAGAUAAUCCUUUGAGUAUUUCAGAUUACUUGAUUUCCUUCUGAAACCACGUUGUGUUUCUACUAAAAUACACUACUCACCCAGAAUUGCCUUCUCUGAAUUUCUGUCUUGGAAAGCCUGUUUAAUACAGGCUGAAAUGUGUUGUGCUACACCAGUGGCAUCGAGCAGUCACAUACUGGAGUCUGAGAAUUAGGUGAUCUUCUAAAUUAUGUAAUUUCUAAAGGGCAAAAAGGCAUUUGAGCCGCACUGACAAUCAAUGUUCAGUCAGUUUUCCUUGAAUGCCAGAUUACUACUAAUUGUCUUUGAAAUGUUCAAAACAACUUCCCAUCCUCACUGAGGUAUUUGAGGAAUUUUCCAAAACAACGUGGCAUUCUACUAAUUUUUAAAAUUUUUUUAACUGAUACCUUUGGAGAUUACAGUACUGUUGGCAAAGUUUCACACAGGUAGCCCUGUGUUGUUGUGUAGGUAUGAGCACUGAUAAUUAUUGAAACCUCUGCCUCGAAGUCUGAACUGAAAAGUAUUGAAGUGAAGCAUUUUGUGCUUUCACAGCUAUCUUUUCAUGUUUCACUAUUACCUGAGUACACUCUAAAUUCUCUUAAGUGUAAUAAUAAAUAUAAUAAUAAUAAAAAUACACCUUAAUAAUGCUGAUUGAGAGGGACAUAGUCCCUGCCUUCAGUAUUCAUCUGUAUUGCAGAAGUCUGCCUAGCACAGCUCCAGCACAAUUGCCUGAGAGCUCUGCUCUCCUGCACAGUGGUGCAGAAAGAGUUGGAUACACAGAUUAGAUCAUCCAAAGGAAAGACCAUGCCAAGGAUGUAUUUACAGCAAGAUUACUUUAAAAUAAUAUUCUGUAUCAAUGAAGCUAUUGGAAGUUGCAUUUAAAUCAGACUUUACUUUUAAAAAUGCUACUUUUUCUCUGGUUGUGUGCAGUCCACCCCUUGUUGAUAAAAGACCAUAGAGUUGAGUUCAGCUGGUCAUCCCAGCCAGUCAAGUAAAAUCACCCCAUCUGGGUGAAGAAGGUUGGCUGUGCAGCUAAGGGCAAGGUGGAAAACAGAGUCCUUUGUUGAACUCAUGGUUCCCAGGCAAGAGCUGAGAGCCUAAAUGUUGCUGAGAGCUACACAAGGUGAAAAAGUAAAACUGAAGCCAACAUGGAAAGCAAAAUGCGCUGUUUGCUGUUGCCUGCAGUGUGGUACUUGCUAAAUGUUUUCCUGUGGGCCAGCAGAGAAUAGGGGCCCUGGUGUCACAGGGGGUGAGAACCAAACAGUGCUGAAUGCACAAGAACGGGUACCAAAACGCUACUUCUGUAACUGUCUGGUUUGCAUAAUGGAGUAACAAACUACAGAAGCCGGGUUUGACACAAGCUUAGUUCCUGAUCCAGAGCUGGACCCACGCAGGGAGGCCUUGUGCCACCACUGGGACCAGAGGCAGGGCUGGGUGUGUGAGGAGCCCGUGGUGGUGAGCACCCAGAGCUCUGUCUCCACGUGGUUAAUGGUGCAGUCAGGAGCAGAAGGCACAACGCUCCAUCGGAGAGGUACACGCUAACAACUGAAACGUCUCCCUCUGGUCACUGAACAUUUCUGCCAUGUCAGAGCUUUGUCAGAUUGUAUCCCUGUGUGAUUCUCCUGGGCAGGGUUGGAAACACCUGUAAAUAAGUCUGCUGGUAGGAAUGCCAACACUCCUUGGCCUGCUGCAGGGUCGUGCUACUUCAGUGUAAUGAACCCAUGAAACUGCUGCAUUCUGGUGUGUGCUGCCUUAAACCCCUCCUUGUCCUUCCCAAGCUUGAGUGUCACGUGUGGGAUGGUUGUUGAGACAUGCAAAUGCAGGCUGUGCUUAGCAUGAGGCAAUUGUUCACCUUGGAUUUGAACAAAGUUGUAAGAUAACUAUGCAAAUGUAUUUUAUUAAAGGGACACAUAAAAGGA